AUGGGCGAUUCUGGCAUCAGGAGGGCCAUCGUCGAGAAACUCAAGAGCCUCUAUCCCGGUGUUUACAAUGAAGACAAUAUUGGUCUCGUGGGCACUCAUCAACAUGCCGGUGUCGGUGGUUUCCUCGAGAAUCUCCUGCCACAACUCACAUCCUUGGGUUUCGUUCGCGAGACGUUUGAUGCAAUCGUCGCGGGUACCGUCAAGGCCGCAGUCCAGGCACACAACAACUUGGGACCAGGGUCAUUGUCAUAUGGUACCACUGAUCCACUUGACUGGUCACAAGACAUCGUAUUCCCGAUAAGUCGUCCGGCAUAUCUUGCCAACCCAGCAGAGGAACGCGCCAAAUAUGCUUAUGACCAAGACAAGACCAUGACACUCGUCAAGUUCAAGGGUGACAGUGGCGACAAGGGCUUUUUGAGCUUCUUCCCCGUCCAUGGAACUUCCUUGUACCAGAACAAUACGCUUGUCAGUACGGAUAACAAGGGAAUGGCUGCCUACCUCUACGAGAACUUUGUCGAGCCCAAUGCUGCUCCGGGCAAUACCUCGUUCGUUGCUGGUUUCGUGCAGGCUUCCUUGUCACUAACAAUAGUGGAGCCUACUGCCAGAGUCCUGGACAACCUUGGGAUGGGCAACAAUGUGAAUUCUACCACUCUACCUGUGGCAACAAUACACAAGUUCGUAGUCACCUCGCAAAAGCAUGAUAUAAGGAUAUCUCUAACCUUCCUAUCCUAG